GACGGAUGUAAACAACCCUAGGCUGGGGAAACGACGCUGCUUCACACUGGAAUACCACAUGGGACACGAUGCUUCGCCAUGAGCUGGGUACGAACAUCACGGCCAUCGUCAACAGGCUGGCAUCAGAACUCCAAAACACUCCCUUCUACUCAGAUUUUCUUGCUGAUGUUCAGACGACGAUGGCAACGCAGAACUUUAGCACAGAACGAUUUGGCAGCGAGUGUUAUGAGUGGGCCCAGGGCAGCUCUCUGGACACCCGGCUCCGCAACGCCCUCUACCACCUGAUGCACGUCCAGCCCACCCUCCUGGCCAACCCGGACACCCCCAGGCACGUCCUCAAGGAACCUCUCGCCUACGUUAGGAAGGCUCAGAGUUCGUGGGAGCGACGGCUGGUGAAGUGUGUCAACAGCAUGGCGGCCGAGCUGGGCGUUCCUCUGGCCAGGCGACGGACCAAGCAGGAGAGGGAGGACUUCGCUGACCACUGGGCCGACCUCUCCACCGACGAGUCCGACCUGUCGAUGAUCCGGCCGGUCUACGCCCCAAAAGACUUCCUGGAGGUCCUCGCCACUCUCACCAACCCAAACUAUGAUGAGACCAUAGAGGAAAACCUUUGGGGGUGUAUCCAGCUGCCUCUCAAAGUCAACGACAUCAAAGGCUUGGUGGAGGUGUACGGGGAGCUGGCGUGCUGUUGUAAACACACUGGACUGGACGAAGCUGUUGCUGGAGAAUACAAGCCUAACCUGUCGCUGGCAGCAGAGAGACUCAUUAUAGGACAGAAAGUGGUGGAGAGGAACCACGGUCCACUGAGCCGGGAGCUGUGCAAGACUGGGUGUCCGCCGAGCCUCCGUGGCAUCCUGUGGCACCAGGUGCUGGGCCUGGAGAUCACAGACAAGCACUACAAGUACUUCGAGGAGCUGGUGCAGACGGUCCUGCAACACGAGCUGCUGGUGGAUAAACUUAUUAUGAAGGACAUCCAGCUGACAGCUUCUAAUGACGACCAGUACUUUGUGUUUGAAGACAUAUUAUUUCAGGUGUUGUUGUGUUUCUUCAGAGACACAGAAGUGUUGAGCCACUUCGAGCACAGCAGCGCCUCGCCUCCCCUGGCGGCGGCCCGGGGAAACACUCCCUCGCCGGAUACUCUGGUAGCCUACCCGCCCUGUGGGGUAAUACCCUUCCAUGGGUUUACUAUGUACGCUGCCCCUCUGAGCUGCCUGUACGAGGACCCUGUACACCUGUACUUCACCUUCAGGGAGAUGUACUGCCGCUACUGGUACCGCCUCCACAUUGUCACCAGCCACCCCCAGGGAGCGGCAGCUUUGGCGCUCCAGUUUGAGUUGCUGUUGCAGAGUUGUGAGACGCGCCUCUGGCAACACUGCGCCGCGAUGACCAUACAACUGCUUCCUAUAGUGUUCAAGUGGAUGGUACGCGGAUUUAGCGGGUACCUGAUCCCUGACCAGCUGUUCCACUUGUGGGACGUGGUGUUGGCUUGGGAGUCCGUCGAGGUCCUGCCUAUCCUCGCCCUCGCCAUCGUCAGUUUCCGUCGGGAGAACCUCAUGGACGUCACCUCGCAGCAGGCCGCUGAGGCGGUGCUGGCGGAUAUUACUGCCAUUCGGGUCAUUCCUCUCCUCAAGCUCGCCCUCGCCGCCGACAGGGGCCGGGAAAGAGAUCCAUGAUGUGCCUCGCUCCGCCAUUUGACGCCUCGGCCGCGGACGGAUAAAUACACAGACUGGUGUAUACACCUGCAUCUUGGUGUAUUGCAUUGCACCUGCAUUGGUCUAGUGUACACCUACAUCUCUGAGAGUUUACCUUCGUCCUGGAGUAUAUUCAAGACUAAAGUAUAUUUUGCUGCUUGGUCAGUAGGCUAUGGUAAUGACUUAAUAACUCUCCAGAUCAGACUAAGAGAUCUCAAGCUCAAUACCAAACUAGCAUGUAGAAUAGCAUGACUAAUUAGUGAGAAAUUGCUCAGAAAAUCGUCUUAUAUAAUUGUUUGUUACAUAAAGAGAUUUACCGCUGUAUAUUUUUUCACAUAUGAACGCCGUAAGGCUUAUUUAUAACACUGGACGAGUUGGUUAAGGGACAACUUUACUAAUCAUUUGUAUUUUCUUAAAUAUUUCCUAGUAUAAUAGAGACUAGCAAGCUAGAAAAUUGUAUUUCUUUCUCUACCAUAAAAAUAUUUAUCUGCUAUUAUGGAAUCAUCAUUGUAUCGCAGGGAUUAGGA